AUCAACCUUCCUAGUACAUACAUAAUCAAAUUGAAUUAAUCACAUCUCAAAAUGCAGGCAGCUUUGUUUUUUACAACAUCAUCUAUUCCCCUAGUAAAACCUCCCAAGCCCUUAGCAACAUCACCUUUGAGAUGUGUUUCAACUCAUCUCAAAAUUACUCACAUUAAAGCAACUCCAGUUGACACUUCCACUGUUGACUAUAGCUCCAUGAACUCAUCAGUGUUUCCUGCUGAAGCUUGUGAGACAAUAGGAGGAGAAGCUUGUGAUGUUGAAAUGUAUCCUGAAACCAAACCAAAAUCUACACCCUCAGCCUCAAGCAAUACUCCAUCUACGGAGAGUGUAGACAGAGAAUAUCUUGCCUAUAAUGAACCUAAAACUGUAUUCUUAUCAGAAGCUUGUGAUGAUCUUGGGGGAGAAUUUUGUGAAGCAGACUAUCAGACUGGAGUUUACUAAGACUAGUACUCUUGAUUAUUGUUCAUAUCUAUAUGUAGAUAAUUAUUUAAUAACAUGAGUGAAUUUAUGCUA